CACUGAGGGAGAUUUAACUUUAGAAAAGCCCACCAGGUUCAUUAGCAAAAAUGGAGUUUUGUACAGAGAAGUUUUAAAUCAAAAAGCCCCAGAGAUGUCCGCUUCCUAUACGCAGAUUGUGGUACCUCAAAAGUAUAGAGAGCAGUUGAUGGAGGUAGCCCAUGACAGCCCACAAGGGGGACAUUUAGGAAUUAGACGGACCACUCAAAGGAUCACUAAAAAUUUCUUUUGGCCUGGCAUGUACCAGCAAAUUAAAAGGUUUUGUCAAUCCUGUGACACAUGCCAGAGGAUUAGCUCAGGAAGAGAUAAACUUAAGGCUCCAUUAGUCCCAAUGCCACUAAUUGGGGAACCUUUUUCUAGAGUGGGCAUAGAUAUCAUUGGUCCUCUUCCCAAACCCAGUAGGAGAGGAUGCAGAUAUAUUUUGACAAUGAUUGACUACGCAACUCGUUAUCCUGAGGCAGUAGCCCUAACGAACAUCGAGACAACAACUAUAGCCAACACACUGCUGUCAAUAUGGGGAAGAACAGGUUGCCCUAAAGAACUAGUAUCGGAUUUGAGAACCCAGUUCACGUCUAAGUUAAUGGAAAGAUUGCUGGAACUGUGUGGGAUAAGGCAUUUGACAUCAUCAGCCUAUCAUCCACAAACCAAUGGCCUUGUUGAAAACCUAAAUAAGACCUUGGUUCGCAUGAUUAAGUCCUACAGUCAGCAACACCCACAUGAUUGGGACAUCAAGCUCCAGCAAUUGUUAUUUGCCUAUAGGGAAGUUCCCCAGGACAGCACUGGCUAUAGCCCUUUUGAAUUGUUGUACGGGAGGCGAGUGCGAGGACCGCUUGAUUUAAUCCGGGAAUUCUGGGAAGCAAGUUCAGGACUGGAACCUGUUUCAGUAACUAAAUACAUCAAAGAUCUACAGUCAACAAUGGAAAUGGCCAGGAACACCGCCCAAGAACAUCUAGCGACAGCCCAGCAGAGACAGAAAGCUCAUUAUGAUACAACUGCCAGAUGCAAGAGCUUCGAGAUAGGGGAUGAGGUCCUGUAUCUCACACCAACCAAGACCAACAAGCUCCAAGUAGAUUGGACUGGACCGUGGAAAGUCAUCAAAAGACACAGCGGCGUGAACUAUUCUAUAUAUGAUGAACAGUCUAAUAUAGAAAAGCUGGUGCAUGUAAAUAUGUUAAAGCCAUAUGUAAAUAGAUCUGUAAAUGUAUGUAUGAUAAUUUCGGGGGAGGAAACAGGUACUUUUCCCUUUUGGGAAGGAAAUAGGAAAGCCUAUAGGAGCAGCGAGCAAGUAAAGGUUGACGAGGGAUUGUCCCAGAGUCAACAGAAACAAGUUAGGAAGUUAUUAAAUAAGUAUGACCAUUUAUUUUCGGAUCUCCCAGGGAGAGUACAGGGGAUAUAUCACCAAAUCAUCACUGGUGAUACUCCACCCAUAGCGUCUCCUCCAUACCGAGUUACAGGCAAAAUAACUAAAUGCAUUGAGAGGGAGGUAAAAGAAAUGUUGGACAUGGGCAUUGUAGUACCAUCAAGCAGCCCAUGGGCCUCACCAAUUGUUUUGGUUCAAAAGCCUGAUAACACCAUAAGAUUCUGUGUGGACUAUAGACUUUUAAACAAGGUAACACAAUCAGAUACCUACCCUAUGCCUCGGUUAGAUGAUCUGUUAGAGAGGAUGGGGAAGGCCAAUUUUAUCAGCAGCCUGGACUUAACCAAGGGAUUUUGGCAGGUACCUAUGGCACCUCAGGACCAGGCCAAGACUGCUUUUAGGACUCAUGCGGGAUUAUAUGAGUUCACCGUUUUACCUUUUGGAUUAAAAAAUAGUCCAGCCACGUUUCAACGUUUAGUGGACAGAAUACUUAGUGGUAUGGGAGAUUUCUGUGUGGCUUACAUGGACGACAUAGGGAUCUUUAGUUCGAGUUGGGUAGAUCACUUGAAACACCUCAAUCAGGUGUUGAGUCGGUUAAAGGAGGCAGGUCUAACUAUCAAGGCUUCCAAGUGCCAGAUAGGAAACCGCACAACCAAAUAUUUAGGUCAUAUAGUAGGUUGUGGGAGUAUCGGACCGGAGCUAACCAAGGUUGAAGCCAUCCACCAAUGGCCUAUCCCAAAAACUAAAAAGCAAGUACGAUCAUUUCUUGGUUUAGCAGGAUAUUACCGGAAAUUUAUACCAUCAUUUAGCACUUUAGCAGCCCCUCUAACUGAUCUCACUAAAAAGAACUGCCCCAAUCAAGUAAUUCCCCUGAAUGUCAGAAGUCCAUGGAACAAUUAAAACAGGCCCUUACAUCAAAUUCUGUUUUAAAAGCCCCAGAUUUUGACCCACCUUUUAUUUUGACCUGUGACGCUUCUGAUACUGGAUUAGGAGCCGUCUUAAGUCAGGUUAACGCAGAAGGGGAAAAUCGUCCAAUCCUCUUUCUGAGUAAAAAAUUACUUCCUCGAGAGUGCAGCAUGUCAACUAUUGAAAAGGAGUGCUUAGCCAUAGUUUGGGCUAUACAAAAAUUAAGGCCUUAUUUAUGGGGGAGGAGGUUCACCCUCCAAACUGAUCAUGCCCCAUUAAAAUGGCUAGAUAACACCAAGGGAACUAAUAACAAGCUUCUUCGAUGGAGCCUGUUACUACAAGAUUACUCCUUUGAAAUAAAACAUGUAAAAGGUAAAAACAACAUUGUAGCGGAUUCACUUUCCAGGACGUAUCAGAGGUUACAACAAUGAAGGUUUGUGUUUAUAUAUGUUGCAUGAUAAUGUGUUGAUAUUAUAUGUUAAGGGUGUGUUAAUAUGUAUUGUUGUAUAUUUUUAAUUACAAUCCACAUUAUUAUUUUUGACCAUUCUAAGAUAUAGAAAAGUCAAAAAUAAUCUUUAUGGGUUGGGAGGUGUGUGAAGAAGUGUAUAAUUAUAUUUUGUUUAUAGAUGAUAUGUGUAUUUGAUUUUGUUUAAACAGCCAGGUUUGGCUAAGUUAAAAUGGUGAGUAUUUGAAUUGACAUUAUGUAUGGGGGAAGGUAGCCAUCUUAGAGUGCUAGAGCAGGUUACCAUAGCAACAGGGGCGGAGCCAACCGCCGCCUGGAAAGGAAAAGGGGGAAUGUUUUAAAACCCAAAGGCAGUCUGUGAUUUCCUAGUCACAGUCUGUACCUGCAAUAAACUUGUUUUGAUUUUAUUCUAACUAAGCCUCUGUCAUACUCUCAUAUUAAAUUAAGCAACAUCAACAUCUAAAGUAAAACAUAUAGAGAAAGCUUAAAGGAACCAGUGCCAUCUGCCUGACGUCUCUCCAUUGGUGGCAGCGAAGAAGAUAAUCAAACAAAUCAUUAAUUAACAUCAUCUCUCAUAAAACAUCUUUAUUAAGUGGUGGUAUCUGUGUGUGUGUGUGUGGGAUCAAAAAGGGGUUCCAUCUCUAACACACAUUCCUGUCAGACACCUCACCUCUGUACAAUAUUGGUGGCAAAGCUGAGGGAUUCUAAAAGGGACCCCAUUCCCUGUCACCUCAGCAUCUCUACAUUAAUUGGUGGCAGCGGUGGGAUUCAAAGAGGGAUUCCAUCCUCUGCCACAUCAAGUCUCUACAGUAAUUAUUUCAUAUUACAGUAGAAUCUCACUUAUCCAGCAUUCGCCUAUCCAAUGUUCUGGAUUAUCCAAUGCAGUCUGCCUUUUAGUAGUCAGUUUUUGUAGUCAGUGUUUUAAAUUCAUUCUGAUAUUUUGGUGGUAAAUUUGUUAAUACAGUAAUUACUACAUAGCAUUACUGCUCAUGGAACUACUUUUUCUGUCAAAUUAGUUGUAUAACAUGAUGUUUUGGUGCUUAAUUUGUAUAAUGAUGUCGCACCUCAGGCUAAAUUCACCUUGCUAUAGAUACCCAGUCAGACACAAGGAAAGUCCUUUGAGGUUUUUAUUAAGCAAAACAGGAUAUAAUUCAAGCAAGCAAUCAAAAGGUAGUUCAAAGUUAUAAGGAAAUAGCCAAUAAGAAUCCAAUUGUUCACAAUGCAAAGAAAUGUCCAUUAAUCAAUGAUGCAUGGUCCAAAAGUCCAAAGAGCACGGCAAGAACAGUAAUCCACUAGGCAAGGCAAUAGUCCAUAGAGUCCAAGAACAAGAUCCAGGAUCCAGAGGUCCAAUAGAGUCCAAGAACAAGGUCCAGAAUCCAGAGGUUCAACAGAGUCCAAGAACAAGGUCCAAGAUACAAAGAUCCAAGAGUCCAGGAACAAGGCCUAAGAUCCAAAGAUCCAAGAACACAAACGAAGAGAGCAUCCACCUAGAUAAAGCGAGGAAAUUGCUCUGACAAAGAGCAGUCUGCGAAGCAUCCUUUUAAUAACAACUUAGGAAGGAGUUUCUUUUCCCACCGCUCGUUUCUCUUUUGC